UCAUUACUAUUCUUACAUAAGUAAAUAGAAGUCGGACUUAAGCAUUUGUUAGACCGUUUUGUCGCUGACAUACUAUUAAUUAGGUAGUAUUAUUAUUAAUUGUGUUUUAACUUUAUUSUAUUGAUCACAACUAUUUAAUGUACUUGUGAAUGGUGUGCAUCAUCUUGCUUAUUAUCUURAGUGCAUGAUUUUAAAAUUUAAUACUCAUAAAAGAUAAUGGUGAAUUUUAUAUUCACACGCUCAAAGUUCUUCACUAUAAUCAGUAGAUAGUAUUUCCAUUUUACAAUUCCACAUCAAAUAUAGUUAUUGGAAUUCGUUGUUUUGCAAAUUAGUAAUUCAAGUUGGAUCUUUUAAGAAUAUUUUACAAUGCUCCACAAAGUUGUAAAAUUUAAUUUGAACAAAAUCUGUUUUCUGCAAAAUGUUUAUCAAAAAUGUUGUUAUUGUGCAACAUUCAAUGCAAAAAAUGAUGUAGUAAGAUUUUUUCAACAAAAUUUAGGUUUACACGAAAAUGAAGUCCAGAGAAUUUUUAAAAAGUAUCCUUCAUUUUGCAACAAUAGUUAUUCUUCACUGUCGGAUAACUUCGCAUUAUUAAGGAGUUUUGGGUUUUCCAAAGAUGAUAUUAUCAAAAAAAUUCAAAUAUUAACACUACAUUCAAUCACUAUUAAAAAUUAUAUUAUGCUUUUAGAAGAAGGAGGUUUUAUUAAAAGUAAAAUUGAUUCGAAAACAAUAUUAAGAUUUAAAUUUAUAUCUAAAAAAUCUAUUCAAUCAUUAAAAGAUGAAAAGUUCAUCCAGAAACAUAUUGAUGUUGGACAUAAUAUAUUGUCAUAUAUUCAAUUUCCAAUAGAAUUAUAUCCAAAGAGUUGCAAUGAGUCUCUUUCAUGGAACCAAGUUCAGAAAAAUAUAUUCAAAUUAUAUGUUGGAUGGAAAAUUAAAAUGGAUGUGGAAAACAUUAAAUAUGCACAAACUAUUUACCAUAGACUAUAUAAUAAGAGUUACAGACUUAUGGAUAGAAGUAUUGAUAUUUUACUUAAGGAAUUUAAUUUUACUGAAGAGAAGAUUAGAAGACAUUCUUAUUUAAUACACAGUGAUCCUGAUAACACACAAGCAAUUUUAGAUAAUUUUAAAAAUCUUUGUGGUAUGGAUACAAUAUUUAUUUUAAGUAAGCAUCCCAAAAUAAUUCUCACCCCAUGGAAAACAAUUGGACAAAUAAGAAAACAUUUUGAGGAUUUUGGAAUUCCAGAGUCUUCAUUGGCUAAAGCACCAGAAAUCUAUACAUUAGGAAGUAAUACUAUUUAUGAAAGAUUAUGUAAGUUAAAAGAAACACCAGAGUUGGCAUCAUUUAUAAACAAUCCACAAGUUGCUAGACUCAUUUAUUACUAUACAAAAGUAAAUUCUCGUUUGACAUACUUACAAAGCAAAAAUUGUAUUUCAUUGAAUUUAUUGGUCACAAACAACAAUUCAUUUAACAGAUUUAAUUGCAAUGGUAAUGACAAAGGGAAAACCAAUGAUAUAAUGAUAUAUUUGACAAAAGAAUUGGGAGAAGACAAAAAUAAGUUACGUAAAUUAUUAGAACGUCAUCCUUAUUGGCAGUAUAUUUCUUUGUUAACAAUACGAAAAACUUAUGAAUUUCUCAAAACGAAUAAUUUCACUAARGACCAGUUAUGCCAUUGCUCACAGAUUUUAUUGUAUCCAGUGGAUAAAAUUAAAGAUGCUUUGGUAUCCACUCAAAAUAUGAAGAACGUAUCCUAUCUACGGGAUGUGUCUGGAUCUAUCAAAUCUGAAUAUUUAUUACCACUAGUACUGUAUAAUUUAGAAAAGGAUUGUCAUUUCUCAGGUGAUGGUGUCUGGAAUACAAAUGAUCAAACUAAAAAAAUUCCAUUGACAAAUUCUCCUAAAGUCACGUUUGAGGACACAGAAGAAUUAGAUCAUGAACCAUCAACAAAAUUACUUGGAUAAAUUUUAUGGUUAAAUUAAAAUGUGUUUAUGAUAUGCAAUAAAUAUAAAUGAGAUUUCACAAUGAAUUGCCAACAUUAAACAUGUUAACAUAUUAUUUAUAUGUAUUGUUGUAAUAGGUAUUAAUUAAUUAAAAGUUACUACACAUAAUGGUGAUUUAAAAAUUGCAUUAGUAUGCUUAAUCUUGCAUUCAACCAAUCUUUAUCAGUUUACUCAUAUGAUGAAUUCCAAAGUUUAUAUUGCUUGGAAAUUCUGUAUGUCGGAGUUUAGAUUUGUUUUUAUAGAGAAUGUGUAUUUAAUUCUUUAACAAAUUUCACUCAAAUAAAAAUAGCGGGUAAGUAGGUUACCUACUGUAAAUUAAAUUUCUAAAAAGUCGCUGUGUUAAAUUUGAAUUCAAAAAUAUAAAAUUAAU